UCACAAAACAAUUGAAUUUCAACCACAAAUUUAAAUAAUGGUUUUUGUUGAAUACAUAACUCGUAAUGAAAAUAACAUAGAUAAUACAUUACAAUUGAAACAAAAAAUGGGGACUCGAUUUAUUGAGGGAAAUAAGACUGCUGCAGUAACGAUUCAACGACAUUACAGAGGUUAUUAUACAAGACUGUAUUUUUCAAAAUUAAAUGUUGCAGCUAAAAUUAUUCAAAAAUAUUGGAAGGGAUACAUUACCAGAAGGUUAUUCAAUGAUAUAGCAAUAAAAACGUUUGUAUUUAUGUCUAUUGAUUAUUAUAAUAAAGCAGCUACGAUUAUUCAAAAAUAUUUUAAGGGCUACUAUAUCAGAAAACAUUAUUUCGAUGUAAAAAAAAAUACUAAGUGGAUUAAGGAGAUUCAAAAACAAAAUGAUGCUUGGUCUAAAAUCAUGAAUGAUUAUAAUCAAAAUAUUUGCAACAAGUUUGAAAUAAUACACAAAGAAAAGGUAAAAUGUUUGAUAAUUGAUAUAGCAUAUAAACAUCAUCCAAUGUUACGGACCAUAUUAAGAAAAGGAGUGUUCAGUGGAAAUGGAAACAGUGAUUCAGAAUUUGAAAAACUUGUUCGAUAUAUAUAUGCACAAAUAAAUAAGAAGAAACUUGAAAUAUAAAUAUAUAAUAGCAAAAUUUACCU